CGGAGAUCAGAGGAACAACGAAGAAUACAAAAAACUAUUUAUAGGUUAGGGUUUGAUCACACUAUACAUUUUUUGAAAUGUUUUAAUGGAUCUUGUGUAUGUUGUGCAUCAGAUUUCAAGAAACAGUUUAAAAUUAAAAUUGUGAUUAGAAUAUAAAUAAUUUAUACUAUAUUCAAUAUUGCAUGAACAAUUGGCAAUUUGUGUCUGGUUAUUUAGUUUAAAAAGGUUCAACAAUUUACACAUUUUGAAAGUUACAUUUAAUUCUGCUACUCCUUUAAUUAGUUUUCUGAAAGCAUAAUAUUACUAUAGAUCCAAAACCAAAACGCUGAGUUUGGAAUGUUUCAAUAUAGGUUUUAAACCGUAGACAUACAACACUAAAACCAUGGCUUCUUACAAGUUAAGAAGAAGAAAAACGAAGUACACGCAAAUGCUACUGAGGGAUUUCAGCAUUGACACUAGUUUGGAACCCACACAGAAUGUGAUGGUAUGCAAUGCUGGUCUCGUAUCAGGAGUCAAGUACGAGGAAGUGACCAAACUGUUCACCAAGUUCGGCAACGUACAGAAUAUUGUCAUGAUACCAAAGAAGUCAUAUUGUUUUGUUGUAUAUUCUUCAAUUGAUGAGGCAGCCAAAGCCUAUGAUUCUAUCAAUGGCAAGGAGAAGCUAAUUAUAAUGGACAGUCCACUUUAUUUAUUGUAUUCUUUAUCAGUACCUUCCGGAUUUGGUUCGCCUGAAUCCCAACCAUUACCAGAAGGCUUAGUCUUGCUGAAUGAUUUUGCCACGGAAGAGGAAGAAAAUCAGUUAUUAAACUGUAUCAACUGGAAUACUGAGGGCCAAGUGGAGAAAGGUAAAGCAUUGAAACAUCGAAGAGUCAAACAUUUCGGCUAUGAGUUCCGAUACGAUAUAAACAAUGUUGACAAGGACUCACCAUUGGAGGAGGCCAUUCCAUCAGAGUGUGAUUUUAUUGGGGAGCGUCUUGCAAAACUAGGCCAUCCUCUAGCAUGGAGUCCUGACCAACUAACAGUCAAUCAAUACCAGAGAGGGCAAGGUAUACCAAGCCACAUUGACACUCACAGUGCCUUUGAGUCACCAAUACUCUCUCUGUCGCUCGGCUCGGACGUGGUGAUGGAGUUCCGGAGAGGUGAGAGGCAUGUGCCAGUGUUGCUGCCUCGUCGUUCCCUUCUCAUCAUGAGUGGAGAGUCAAG